AUGGUGUUUUAUCCCCCUUCCUGGGCGCCCAAGCUCAAUGACAACGACAUUCCAGACGAUAUUUCCUUGGGUGAAUUUGUCUUCAAUGACAAGUAUCGCCCCCAUAAAUGUGACGCCUCUCCUGCUCCCUUUAUCAACAGCAUUGAUGGCGCCGCAUACAGUGUCCACGAGACUCAAGAACGAAUUGAAUGGCUAGCGGCAGGACUCGCAAGCGAAUUGGGAAUUCAAGAUGGGCAAGGCGACGAGUGGGAUCGUGUGGUCAGCAUAUUUGCGGUCAACAAUAUCUACAACCCCUUGCUCUCAUGGGCAAUUCAUCGCUUCAAUGGUGUAGUGGCCCCGGUCAAUGCGGCAUUCCAGGCAUCGGAACUCGCAUAUCAGCUUAAGGACUCGAGAUCAAAAUGCCUAUUCACCAGUGCAUCUCAUCUAGAGACAGCACUUGAAGCGGCCAAGAUAGCGGGAAUACCUGCAUCUCAAGUCUUUCUUCUCCCUAUCCCAGGUUACUCAACUCCUCCACCGUCAUUGAGUAAUCAUGAGUGCCCCAGCUUGAACGAUCUGCUUGAGGCAGGGCGUCUCCUCCCAGCUCUGCCUCGGAUAGCAUGGUCCAAGGGUCAGGGCCGAAAGCAGGCUGCGUACAUCUGCUACUCAUCUGGCACGUCUGGUCCCCCUAAAGGAGUCGUCAUAUCCCACUACAACAUCAUCGCCAACAUCCUGCAGAAUACUCUCUUUGAGCUGCAUCUCCGACCCGGCAGUCAGCGAGAAAUCAUGACUGGUGUUCUACCGCAGUCACAUAUCUACUCCAUCGUCUUGGGUAUCCACGUCCCCGCAUUUCGCGGUGAUACAGUGGUAGUCAUGCCCAAGUUCGACCUGAUGAGCUUUGUCCAAGCUGUCAAGACAUACAAGGUGACCAUGCUCUACGUCGUCCCACCCAUUCUCAUAGAGAUGGCGAAGCAGACGGCGGUGGCGAAGGACCCGUCGUUCUUCGAACUACCCUCGGUCAGGAGAAUAUUCUGUGGCGCUGCACCCUUGUCGGAAGAGCUCACGGUGCAGAUCCGCGAUAUUUACCCGGGAGUUCUCCUUGGUCAAGGGUAUGGCAUGACGGAGGCGCCUACUGUGAUCGCCUCGCACCCGGCAGAAGUGUACGACGGCUCCGCUGGCUGUCUCAUCACGGGUAUGGAGGCCCGAGUCAUGGAUGCCGAGGGCCGCGAGGUCACCGAGUUCGAUACACCCGGCGAGCUCUUCGUGAGGGGUCCCAACAUUGCGCUUGGGUACUACAAGAACGAGAAGGCGACGGAGGAGACUUUCAGCAAUGGGUGGCUCCGAACUGGCGAUGAAGUCGAGUUCCGCUUGCAUCCAAAGACCAAAGAUGCUCACCUCUUCAUCGUUGAUCGUGUCAAGGAGCUGAUCAAGGUCUCCGGAUUUCAAGUUGCGCCGGCGGAGCUGGAGGGUCAUCUGCUAGCGCACUCCCUGGUUGCGGACUGCGCGGUCAUUCCGGUCCCUAGUGAGAGGUCAGGCGAAGUUCCCAAGGCCUUGGUAGUGCUGAAGGAGUCUGCUGGUGUCAGCCACGCAGCUGCAGAGCAGGAACUUCUGAGCUGGGUUGCCCAGCAUAAGUCAAAGGCCAAACACCUCCGGGGCGGGAUAGAAUUCCUCCAAGAAAUCCCAAAGAGCCCGAGUGGCAAGAUUCUCAGGCGGCUGUUGAGAGACAGGGAGCGAAAGCGGCUUGUGGAGCACAGACCGCGGUUGUGA